CAAGGUGCCGCAGCAGUCGGCUGAGGAUAUAUUGUCUCUCAGGAAAUGGUGAACUCGCCAUAAUGUAUAUAUGUGAGAAAUUUUCCCAAUUCUGGUGCAGAUUUCUAGCCUUAUAACCAUACCUCUUACUGAGAAGAAAAAUCACCUCGCAACUAAAACAAGUACUCAAUUCAAAAUGCAUAUCCAAAACUUUCUCUACACCCUCACCUCCCUCACUCUCACAAACCUCGUGACCUCCUCGCCAACUCAAGCCGGCACUCUCUCUACCCCACCCCCACCAGGAGAAACCUAUGUAGUCGGCUUUCCCAUCUGUGCAAUUCCUGGGUUCACUCAGAUUCCCGGCGAUUACAACGAAACCAUUCACCAAUAUCCCAACGCCACACUUGCAAGUUGCAUUAACGAGUGUCGAUCUGCAUAUCCAGAAUGCAAAAGUAUUGCUUUUCAUGCGCGGUAUACAGAAUGUUUGUGGUUUGAUGAGAGAGUUGAUAAGACGCAAUUGUAUGAGGAUGAUACGAGUGAAUUUGUUCAUUAUGAUUUGAUCUGUCCGGUGCCUGCUUGUUAGGUAUGGAGGGAUGGAUGUGAAUCGGCGGCUGGGGGUGGAAGUGGAAUGAGAUCAUAAUAAUUUAACGAAGCGAUGAAUGAACUUUACUAGCGGUGUUCUGAUGAAAAUCAACGACAAGGAGGCCGGCUGGAUAGGAGGUGGAUGUUGUUGGAGACUCUUGAAUUUAUCCUUGCUCGAUCAAUUUUUCUCAAUGAAACAUUGUCAUUGAUGAAAUUACUACACCAUGGAUUCUGAAUGCAUCUGUAUUGCAAUAUUGUGCUCCAAAUUGUAAGAGUUCUGGAACCUACUCACCGCACCCCAUAUAGUUUUGUGACAAAAUCCCUGCAAAAAUGGCGUUUUCCUAUACAAAUUAAAAAAAUUAAUAGCGUUUUCAAUUCAAGAGAUUUUAUU